AUGUCUAUCCCGGAACCAACCACCAAAUCUGCUGCCAAUGGCACCAGUACCACUCCCAUGAGUCAAGGCAACAUCAGCCAAGUACCAGGAAGCACUCGCAGCAGUGUUGACCGAUUCACACGAGCACCGGCUUCUGAAGGCCCGUACUUCGCGGGCGCGAGGAUGUCGGAAAGAUCAGCACACCUCUCGGGGCUUUCAAGCCAACUCAGCGCAAUGGAUGCAGUCUUAAAGUCUGGGAAUUGA